UUUAUUUAUAAGUGACGUGUAUCUUUUUACUGUUAGUUUUAUUAAAAAUAUUGACUGAAUAUAGAAUCAUGAUUCAUAUUUUAAAACCACUUCGACUGCGAAGUAUUGCACAUAAGCUUAGAUCUAUUCAACCACCGCUACGUAACCUACAAAUUGGAGUAGAUAAACAGAGUUGUCAGGUGACUGGUACAAUAUCGUCGGUCUAUCCGUUGGUCGAACACUGUUUUGAUGUGGUCAUUGUGGGCGCUGGAGGUGGAGGCCUUCGAGCAGCAACGACCCUCGUAGAGGCCGGUUUUAGUACAGCAGUAAUUUCCAAACUAUUCCCUACCAGGUCGCAUACCAUUGCCGCCCAGGGUGGAGUCAAUGCUGCAAUAGCAAGCAUGGAAGUAGAUAAAUGGGAAUGGCACUUUUAUGACACCGUUAAAGGAUCUGACUGGCUUGGAGAUCAGAAUUCAAUUCAUUAUAUGACCCGCGAGGCGCCUGGUUGCAUUAAACGACUUGAAAAUUACGGAAUGCCAUUUUCAAGGACAAAAGAUGGUAGAAUAUAUCAACGAGCUUUCGGAGGUCAAUCUCUCAAUGGAGGCAAAGGACCACAAGCUCACAGGACAUGCGCAGUUGCUGACCGAACGGGUCACAGCAUGCUUCAUACCCUUUAUGGCGUCGCUGUUAAAUAUAAAUGUAAAUUCUUCAUUGAAUAUUUCGCGUUGGAUUUAAUAAUGGGCAGUAAUAGAGAAUGUAACGGUGUCAUGGCUUACUGCAUGGAAGACGGCACUAUUCACAGAUUCAGAGCAAGAAAUACGGUCCUAGCGACCGGAGGAUGGGGCAGGGCAUACUUUUCAUGUACCACGGCUCAUACUUCCACUGGCGAUGGUAAUGCAAUGGUUUCACGUGCUGGAUUACAAAAUCAAGACAUGGAAUUCGUACAGUUUCAUCCAACUGGUAUGUAUGGUUCUGGGUGCUUAGUGACCGAAGGUGCCAGAGGAGAGGGCGGCUACUUGGUUAAUUCCAAUGGGGAAAGAUUUAUGCCUAAGUAUGCACCCAAUGCAUUGGACUUGGCAUCAAGAGAUGUAGUGUCAAGGGCUAUGACCAUCGAAAUAAGGGAAGGAAGAGGUGUGGGAAAAAAUAAAGACCACAUUUUUUUGCAACUCCACCAUCUUCCGGCUGAUUUGCUCCAUUCGAAACUGCCUGGUAUUAGUGAAUCGGCAAAAAUAUUUACUGGAGUUGACUGCACGAAAGAGCCUAUUCCUGUUAUUCCUACAGUUCAUUAUAACAUGGGAGGUAUUCCUGCCAACUGGAAAGGGGAGGUGCUGCAUAAUAUCGAUGGCGAAGUAGAAGCAGUAAGAGGUCUCUACGCUUGUGGAGAAUGUUCAGCCUGUGGAGUACAUGGAGCAAACCGUUUGGGGGCAAACUCUCUGCUAGAAAUUGCAAUUUUCGGCGACUCUUGCGCGAAAACGAUAGUUGCAAACUACAAACCCGGAGAAGGCAUUCCAGAUAUGAAAGAAGAUGAUGGUGCCAUGGCCAUUGCCAACUUGGAUUGGGUGCGUAAAUCAAACGGAUCCUGUACCGUCGCCAAAAUACAUUUAGAUUUGCAAAAGACGAUGCACGAAUAUGCAGCCGUGUUUAGAACUGGUGAUAUACUUGCAGAAGGUGUGAAGAAGAUGAAGGAAAUUUGGAAGAAUCAAAAGGAGAUGCGAAUUGCGGAUCGCGGGAUGAUAUUCAAUAUGAAUAUGAUGGAAGGUCUCGAAGUACUCAACUUAUAUACUUGUGCUAUGCAGUGCAUCGUAGGAGCUUUAAAUCGAAAGGAAUCACGAGGUUCGCAUGCUCGAGAAGAUUAUAAAGACAGGGUGGAUGAAUUUGACUACUCAAAACCUGUAGAAGGACAAACGAGGAAAACAUUCGAACAGCAUUUUCGAAAACAUACAAUGUCAUUAAUCAAUGUUGCUACCGGAGAGGUUACUUUGUCCUAUAGACCUGUUAUCGACGAUACUUUAGACGACAAUGAAGUAAAAACAAUACCGCCUGUAAUAAGAAAAUAUUGAUCAUUUUUAA